UACUAAUAAUAAUAAGUACAAUUGUAUAGGUAAAGCAACUUGUUCCAAAGAAAUUAAAGUUGGGAUGAGGCCAAGAGACUUCAUCCAAAUGGGCAUGGCCCUGACUGCUGCUGUUAUCAUAUUGUAUAUCGCCAUCAACCCACCCCAGCGGGCCUGGAAAGAGGCAAGGAAAUUAAGAAACUUUUUUGGGUCUUCUAAACAAGACCAGAAUUUUCAAGAAACACCCAAAGCCAUCCACUACAAGUGUGGACUCCCGAAACAGUGCCCUUUAGAUCAUUUUGCAUUUCAUAUUCUAAGUGGGGCAGCAAAUGUUAUUGGGCCGAAGAUUUGCUUUGAAGAUCAAAUAAUCAUAAGCAGUGCUAAAAACAAUAUUGGGGCUGGGCUGAAUAUUGUGCUCAUAAAUGGUGAAACGGGGAAGACUUUGAAGUUUGACUCCUUUAACAUGUACUCUGGAAAAGUGGAAGAUCUGCUGAAAUUCAUGAAAGAUGUAAAGCCUGGGACAAUUGCUCUUGUAGCUUCCUUUGAUGACCCAGGAACAAAAUUGACCAAUGAAGCACGGGACAUAUUUGUUAAGUUGGGAAGCAGCAUGAUCAAGUCUGUGGGCUUCAGAGACAGCUGGGUUUUUGCAGGAGCUGCUGGAAUAGCACAAAAUAGUCCUUUUGAAAAGCACGUAAAAAACGAGAAGGAGAAGAACGUUUAUGACGGCUGGCCGGAGAUCGUGGAGGUGAGCGGCUGCUUUCCCAGGAAGCAGUGACCUGGGGGACGUCCACACUGACAUCAGCCCGAUGAGUGACAAGCGCUCUGCUCCUGUCAGCCACUGCUCGCGGUUUAUCAUGACAUUUUCAUGACCUGCUUCUGUAUGGACCUUGAAUCCCCAUGAGAAGCAGCAACAUUUCAAAAAGUUAAUUGAGAAGUAGUUUUCUUAUAUCAUAAAUUUACACAUUUAAAAAAAUUUUGAAUGACAAAACAUGACUUGUCAAGAAACGGUAUAUAUAUAUUUUUUCCUUUUGUAUAUAUUUUGUAUUUAAAACACUGAAAGACAAAAGCGAGCAGUUAACAUAGGUCAAUUCCUUAGUGUCUGACUUCUGUGCUGACCAAAUUAUGAAAGAUUAUUUCUGGAUGUUCAUUUCUUACAGAAGAAUAUUCUGAAACGUGAUAUUUUUUGCAUGUAUUACAGCUGACUACAUGAAUACAAUGACAUAUAUACAUGGUAAUAUUGAGGAGAAUCGGAGAACGAUUCAUCUUCAACUGUAUAAACCAUUGUAAAAUAAUUAGAAUUUUAUAUUCAUUGUUUACAUUUGGCUUUAAUUCUCACUGCCUUUCAUUUAUUCUAAUCAGGGCUCAAAGAUAUUCUCAUUUCAGAAAAGGUCAUAGUUUAAAAAAAAUGUAAAUCAGUGAGAACAAAGACCAAGAAUUACUCUUUCUACAUACAUAGUUUGCAUUGUUUUGUAUUGUGGUCUCUUGCUACAUUUUUACUGCAUUUGUGUUUAUUUGCAUCCAUACAAAGUGCAGUAUGUCUUGUGUCAUUGUGCACCCAUCCCAUUCUGUGACUGUAUCCUCUUUAGCCUUGAUAUCAGUGUGCACAUUAUAUUUUAUAUAGGCAUUUUUGUUUUAUUAACUCAGCCAUGAAGAAUCACUGAAUGAAUGCAGGCUGUGCAUGGGCCUUUUGAGUCAUUUCAAAAACAAAAUGGAAGUACAACAAUGAA